AUGAUUACUCCAUCAAAGGUACAGUUAUUUGAACAUUCAGAAGUGGAAAAUCAAUCACAUGUAACUGAAUUCAUUUUGUUGGGAUUUGGAGAACAUAAACUUCUUCAUACUCCUCUGUUCAUAUUGUUCCUUCUCAUUUAUGCUAUUACUAUGGCUGGAAACAUCCUCAUUAUUCUACUGGUUGUCAUAGAUCAUCACCUUCAUACACCCAUGUAUUUUUUCCUUGGGAAUCUCUCAUGGUUAGAAAUUUGUUGCAGUUCAAAUAUAUUGCCAAGAAUGCUUUCCCAUUUUAUUACAGGGACUAAGGCUAUUUCAAUCAAUGGAUGCUUUGGGCAAGAAUUUGUAUUUGGUUCUUUGGGAGCUGUAGAAUGCUGUUUAUUAUCUGCAAUGUCCUUUGACAGAUAUUUGGCCAUAUGUAAACCAUUAUAUUAUGUCACCAUAAUGAAUGGGAAGUUGUGCCUCCUGUUGAUCGCCAUCUCUUGGAUAAGUGGCACUUUUGCAAGCAGUUUAAUAAUUAUCAUAAUGUCCAAACUCACUUUCUGUGUUAACAAUAAAAUUGAUCAUUACUUCUGUGAUACACUUCCAGUUAUAGAACUAUCUUGCAGUGGCACGUACAUAUCAAAAUUAUCUCUCUAUAUUGUUAGCUCUGUAGUCACUUUUCCUCCUUUUACAUUGACUUUAACAUCAUACAUUUAUAUCAUUGCAACUAUAAUGAAAAUCCCUUCUACCACAGGGAAACAAAAAGCAUUCUCCACUUGUUCUUCUCAUCUUUUGGUAGUCACCAUUUUUUAUGGCACAUUGAUAAGUAUCUAUGCAAUACCAAAUGCCAUAAAAGUGAAUGGUCUCCAUAAAGUGUUCUCUGCCACCUAUACCAUCCUAACCCCUAUGCUUAAUCCUAUUAUAUAUACUCUAAGAAAUAAAGAAGUGAAAGUUGCUUUAAAGAGAAUCAUAUCAUUGAUUUUUGUUCAAAUUCAUAUGAAAAGUCAGAUUUAA